CGAAAUGCUAUAACAAGCGGUUUUCGGCGCCAUUGGGAAAUAGGAGUUGAAUUUGUCACCAAGUGAACUUGAGCCCCGCUCCUCCUUACAAAGUCAGUGUUCUCCAGCAGCGAAGUUUCAUGCAUACACUGUUCGUUGUCUGUAUCCUUUUGAGAGCUCCGUCGCUAAACGCUGUACAAAAUGGCGGUACGGGGAAUUGUCAUCGUACUGUCGCUUUCCUUGAUAAACAUGGCAAUCAGCCGGGACAAGAAGUGGAAUCUGUUCGUCUUUGCACAACAAUGGCCCCCGACUGCAUGUCUUAAAUCAUCAUUAAAGCACAAGUGUAAUCACGUUCCCAACCAAGUGAAAACCUGGACUGUUCACGGCCUGUGGCCCAACUUCGAUGAUGAGGAAGUCAUGAGCUGCAACAACAGCUGGCAUUUUAAUUGGGACAUGGUCAAGUCACUUGAAAAACAACUGAAUGCAAGCUGGCCUAACAUGUUGGAUAAAACGCGGUAUCGGUGGCUUUGGAAGCAUGAAUGGCAAAAACACGGCACUUGCGCUGCAACCCUAAAAGCCACCGACAACCAGUUGCGCUACUUCCAAAAGGCUCUAAGUCUCAACAGUAUUUCUGCAUUUAAUCCACAAAAGGCGCUUGAGAAGGCUGGCAUCACUCCAUCAUGUUCGAAGGCAUAUUCCAUCGAUGCCAUAAAAGAUGCUGUCAAGAAGUACUUCCGGAUCAACACGAACCUGAAGAUGAAGUGUUCUAGGCAAACAAAAAUGGAUCGCACCUUGUUGCAGGAGAUUCACAUAGCUUUGACGAAGACAUUCAACGUGACAACGCUUCUUGACCAGCCCCAUCCGUCCUGCAUGCCUAAGGACAAAAUUUACAUCCUCCCAUUCCACGACAUCCAUUGUUCCAAAUAGAAAUUCAGCUGUUGUGAAGUAUAGAUUAAGACUGCAGUACGGAUCUGAACUGCACUGUAAUAUGCUUUUGUAAAACAACACUUUUGACCAAUGACAAGUCAGGUUCAUGUUCCCUUUCGAUGGCGUUACUUUAGUGAUCGAUAUCUUUCAGCAGCUUUACUGAAUCACUGUAGUCUGUAAAUAAACGAGAUUGAACAGACAAACCAGUGAUUGAAAGCAUGAGCAAGGGCUCCCUACAUCAACCCUUUCUUCUCUCCUCCCUCAAUAAAAAAUAGAAAGGCCGAAAAGAAAACCUCCGCGCGGGUGUUACAUUGCAUUCAGAACCAAUAUACAUAAGGAAACAUGUCAGCAAGGAGGGGGGCAUAAUUAGUGUCCCUGGGGUUGCUUUCUUCUUUUGCCUAAAUGUCCUAUCGCCAAAUUGCACAUUGCUAUCAACAGGCUAGUCCAGCAUUUCACUUAUAGGUUUCUCAGUAGGCUUAUAUGAUGUUGCUCUGCUACAAAAUAAUUCGAGAGAACCCCGAAUGCGUUGGGAGGUAUCCCUUGCGCCAUUGAUUUGUCAGGAGCGGGAUGUACGGGAUUAUACGAGAAGUAAGUACGGGUAAGCCUUCGACUUUCGGUCUCGUGGUGCCGGUUUAGCUUGUAAUAUCCCGUACACUAUGGACACCUAGAGACCGAAGAUGGUGUUCACCAACGUUCUCCUCGUAAAAUCGCUACUGACACAUACAAAGAAUUUAUCACGAGUUACAAAGAUCUGCUCUCAAAUUGGAAGAAACUAUUUGUGUGCGACAAUUAGAACUAUUUUCGACCACCAUUGCAACUUUGUUGAUAUCCGUUUUGUAUGAGCUCACCUGACUAAAAGUUAAGUGAGCUUACGUCCGGUGACCCGGCGUCUUCGUCAACAUCUGUAACAUCGUCAACAUCUUCUGUUCAGAAACAUCCUUGACCAAUGAAGCUGAAACUUCGCAUGCUUGUUCCAACCAAUGGUGACACCUGCAUUUUAAGAGGUUCGGAUUUGUAGAUGUGUAACGAGUCGUAGGGCUCAACAUUUCUUUUCUGUUUUGUGCAGUAUUAGAUUUUAACUUUGACUUUACCUGUGCAGUUCGACCAUACUGAAAGAUGAAACUUAUAGCCGUUACCAAGCCAUUUGUGUUCAAAAUGUGAUGGAAUUCUCUCAAAAAGCAUGUCCUGGCACUGUAAACAUAAUAUCCUCAGAAACCUCUGGAGCCACGAGGCUUCAAUACUUAAUAAUUUGUUAAAGAGGUUUAUAUUGGACAACCAUGUUGAAAAACAUGUUUGUGGCCACUGUUCAGCCCUUUCUGCUUUAAAUGUACUGUAAUGCUCUUACAUUCUCUCAAAAUGCGUUUUUCUCUGUAAACAAUUAACAUCUUCACCUCUGAAAAUGCCAGACUAAGGAAGCUGAACUUUGACACGUAUCUCCUAAUCACAUAAUAUUUUGUUCUCUUGAUUACGAUUUUGGCGUGUUUGUGUGAAACAAUUUGAAACAAUAUAUGACAUCAGAAAAAAAAAUUUCUUAAAAGGUAUAUAUGGCUCAGGGUUGAAACUUUGUGUGAAGUAAAUUUAAAUAUUGUGUAGUGCAACAAUGUUCUACAGUAAUAUGUCAGUAAUAUUAAGUCAUUCUUGCAGUGUUAGAAAUAUUAAGGAAUAACUUGUUUCAUAUUUGGUAAUAAUUUAUCCCCAAUAUUUAUGCAGAAUAUAUUUGAAUAGCAAUGCCGACAGUAACGUUUAUUAAGUUGUAGUCUUUGUUGAUAUAUUAACCUGUUGACUACAUAUCUAGGUGAGCUACAUUGCCACGACACUAUUUUAUUUUUGUCUAUUCACCUUUCAGAAAUGAGCUGGCGUUUCCAUAAUUAAAUAAAGCAGACAUAUUGAUCAUC